AUGUACAUACAUCCUGUUGUGGAUGGGUCAAGAGGGUAUCAGGAUUCACAAAUCCUGGGAAAGGACUUCAAGACCCCAGCUGAGGUCUUCGAAGCUUUCAUAAAACAUUUCGAACCAAAGACCAAUUUCCGUCUGGCAAGAUUUCAGCUGCAGAAAUUGGCACAGGAACCAGCCGAAGCCAUAGACGACUUCAUGGCCAGAUGCAAAAUACAAGCACAAAAAUGCAAGUUUGCGGACAUUGAACUUGAAGGUCGCCUCAUAGAACAGAUCGUCAUUGGCACCUCAAGCAAGAAGGUACAGCAAACAUUGUUGGCCAAGGAUGAGAAACUGACGUUAAAUACAGCUUUGGACAUCGCCAGAACCCAGGAGGCAACUGAGGCGGAUAUGAGACUCCUUCAUGGUCAAGCCGUCAACGUUGAUAUGACGAAGCAACAUAUCCAAAGGAAGAAACAGUGCUCAUUCUGUGGACUGAACCAUCCACCGAGGAAGUGCCCUGCUUAUGGCACCAAAUGCAGAAACUGUGAUAAAAUGAAUCACUGGGAGAAAUGCUGCCGACUGAAGAAACAGGAACAAGAAUCUAAACAGCAGUGGCAAAGGAAACAAGAAGCUACAAAGACAUAUCCGAAAAGGUCGCAAGCACAGAGAUCAAAGAGACUCCAUGAGAUGAAAGAAGAGGAAGAAACAGAAGAAACUGACGACAUGCGGUUUGAGACCAUCUGUGUAGACCAGAUCAGAAAGAACGAAGCCUUCGCUGUGAUCGGAGUUGAGAUCGGAAGAGGACCAGCAACCCUAAAAGCCAAAGUUGACACAGGAUCUGAAGGGAACAUUCUUCCAUUACGCAUUUAUCAGAAGAUGUACCCUGAUCGCGUGGACUCUAAUGGGGAACCUAAGACAGGAAAGCUAAGAAAGUCACCGAUAACGAUAACAGGCUAUGGUGAAAAGAGUGUUAUUCCACAAGUAGGCCUACAUACGCUGAGCUGUAACCACCAGGACAGACAAGCAAAUGGAGAAUUCUUUGUGGUGAAGACUCAAAGACCGGCCAUCCUUGGACUUGAGUUGUGCCUGGAUCUAGGAUUAGUAGUCUUGAAUUGCAGUCUGAUGGAGAGCCAUGAUAGUCCCAUCAAGAUAGAGAGCAUUUGA